GACCUGCCAAACAUAACCUAUAAAUUACGUAAAAGUGUUCCUUACGCAAAAUGGCAGGAGUCCUAAAGGCAACAACCGGGCUUACAGGGCUGGCGGUGGCUAAAACCCCCCAUCACACCCUGGGGGUUUUGUACGGUAAAAUCUUGAGAACCUUGCAGAAAAUGCCCGAGGACGCAGCGUAUAGAAAACACACCCAGGAUUUGAUUCAAGAGAGGGCAAAUAUUUUGCAGGCCAACCUGAACGUUGAGGCCGUCGAAAAGCAAAUUAAUUGCGGGCAAAUCGAAGAAGUUAUCGUGCAGGCCGAGAACGAAUUAAUUUUAGCACGUAAAAUGUUGAACUGGAAGCCCUGGGAAUCUUUAGUUAAAGAAGCGCCCCCAAAUCAAUGGACAUGGCCACCAGCACAACCUUCUAAAUAAAUUAUUGUCUAGAAAUUUACCGUGUUAUUUGUAUAAAUAAAUUUGUAAUAUAUUGUAGGAAACAAUAAAAUUAUAUCAUAAGAA